AUGACAUUCUCUGAAAUGAAACCAAUUCUGGAAUGUAUAACGGACUUCACACCCCUACAACACAUUUUUACGAAGAAAUAUCUCACCCACCCAAGUUCUACAGAAGUAGGGGUAAAAAGCAGCCUUAAAAUCUACACUGAUGGUUCAAGUAGACGGGAAGGAGCUGGAGCCGGAGUCUUCUCGUACGAUCUCCGACUCCACGUAUCUGAACCUCUAGUGCGCUCUGGAUUGAAGUCAAUGACUCGAAAUGAGUUAUAUGUAGUUAUGCAACCGUCACAAGAACCAUCUUUUGACAGAAAGCUUGAAUUUAUGGAAAAAAAAUUGUUAGAAAAUUAUAGUGGAAAUGAUCUUAUGAGAAAGGAUGCUAAGCAAAAGCUUUCCAUAAUUAAGCACCAAUUCAAGCAAAGAUGGCUAACUGCUCGAAAAAUAAGAAAUAGAUUUGAGAAGAAUAACAGUGACUGGCUUACCGGGAGUAUUUGGCUGCCUAAUGCUGGAAUCAAACCGGGUCGUCCUCAAAAAGAAUUUCUUGAAUCGAGCGAAAGAAGCAAGCGACGAAAAACUGAAGACAUUCGAUUAAAAAAUGUGGAUGAGUUGACUUAUGCAACGCAAAUGAAGUUAAGGGAAACAGGAAAAGUAGAUGCCUCAAGAGUCGUCAAAGACCUUACAAAAAGUCCUAAAAGAGCAAAGAAAUACGUAACAGCUAUGAAAAAAGCUAGUGAUGUGCAACCUCGUCAACUCUCACCUUUGCGUGCUUUGUCAAUGUUUACAGAAGCAGGACUUACUAGAGCCCAAUAUGAAAGAGUACGAGAAACUAAUAAAAGUUUUUUUCCGUGCUAUAGUAUUUUACAAAGAGUAAAAAGAGAAUGCUAUCCAGUUCAAGAAGCCUUCAGGGUAACCGAGACAUGUGCUGAAGUGGAACUGCAGAAGUUAAUGGAUCACACGGCAUCAAGAUUAAUUUCACAUCUUAAAGAUGCUGUAGAACCAUUAAAUAAUGACGAAAAACAAUCACUAACUUUAAUAAGUAAAUGGGGAUGUGAUGGUUCCCAGCAGAUGCAAUUUAAAAUGAAAUUCGAAAAUGAAACCGAAUCUGAUAGUAAUAUUUUUCAGAGCUCUGUAGUUCCACUACAGUUGGUUUAUGGGCAGGACAAGAAAAUUUUAUGGCAAAACCCUACGCCGUCAUCACCGCGUUACUGUCGACCUAUACGAAUACGGUUCAUUCGGGAGAGCACUGAUGUAACAAAUGAAGAAAUCGAUUAUAUUAAAGAACACAUAACAACUCUGUCUACAACUAAAUUUGAAAACACCCGUAUAAAACACGAAAUAUUAUUUACAAUGGUGGACGGAAAGGUGUGUAACGCCGCAACUCAGACCAAAUCAACAAUGAGAUGCUACAUUUGCAAUGCAACAUCAUCCGAAUUUAAUGAUCUUGCCAAAAGUAGGCUACCUAAAAAAGAAAAUUUAAGUUUUGGGCUGUCAUUACUACAUGCUCGUAUAAGAUUUUUUGAAAGUAUGUUACACCUAGCGUAUAAAUUACCAAUAAAGAAAUGGAAUGUGCGACUUACAAUAGAGGAGAAAAAAAUAAUCGAAAACAGGAAAAAGAACAUUCAAGAAAAUUUCAAAUCUCAGCUUGGACUAUUAGUUGACAUCCCUAAAGCCAAUUUUGGCAAUACGAAUGAUGGAAAUACGAGCAGAAGAUUUUUUGAAAACUAUGAAAUAGCCGCAUCUAUUACGGGAAUCGACAAAAAUUUAAUUUACCGCUUAAAAAUCAUUCUCGAUACUUUAUGUAGCGGAUAUAAUAUUAAUAUUAAAAGAUUUCAAGACUAUGCUCAGGAAACGGCAAAACUAUAUGUAAAAUUAUAUAACUUUUAUCCAAUGUCCCCUACCUUGCAUAAGGUGCUCCGACAUGGAGCUGAGGUUAUAAAGGAAGUCAUUCUCCCUAUUGGUCAACUUUCUGAAGAAGCUGCCGAAGCUACUGAAGAAACAAGCAUAUAA